ACCCUGUGCUUGGGACUUGAUCCGGACGGAAUUCAUACAUAUCACGAAGAAAACGAAACAAAAACUGAAAGGCAACUUUUACUUGUUCCAACUUUCCGUUUUUUCUCUCUACAUUGCUCUCUCUUCACGGCCUCUUCCAUCCAAUAUAAAACUGAAACUUCCUGAAUUUUUCAUGUCUGGUUCUGUGACCAAUGUUGAUAAUAUUGGAAAAACACUUUCUUUGUCAGAUAGGACAAAGUCUCUAGACUCUGUGUUAAUUACUGACAGUAACUGCUCUAAUAAAUGGACAAAUGAUGAAGUCUGUCAUAAUUUUGAAAGUGCCAGCUUUAGAGUUAGGGAUGUUUUCUUGCCAAAUGGGGAAUCAUAUUCUGGAUCUCUGCUGGGGAACAUACCUGAGGGUUCAGGAAAGUAUGUUUGGUCUGAUGGUUGUCGGUAUGAGGGUGAGUGGAGACAUGGAAUGAGGCACGGGCAUGGGAAAUUAGAAUGGCCUUCUGGUGCUGUAUAUGAUGGUGAAUUUUCAAUUGGCUAUAUGCAUGGCGAGGGAAUGCAUAUUGCACCUGAUAAAGUGAUUUAUAAGGGACGGUGGCGGUUGAACCUCAAACAUGGUUUAGGGUAUCAAGUAUAUCCCAAUGGAGAUUUUCUUGAAGGGUCCUGGAUCAGAGGAACCCCUGAAGGACCGGGUAAGUAUAAAUGGGCGAAUGGGAAUGUCUACUUGGGUAAUCUGAAGGGAGGGAAAUUUUCUGGAAAAGGAACUCUCACUUGGAUCAAUGGAGAUUCAUAUGAAGGAAGCUGGUUAAAUGGUACCAUGCACGGUGUUGGUGCAUAUAAUUCGAGUGAUGGUGGAAGUUAUAUUGGAACGCGGACACAUGGACUGAAAGAUGGAAAAGGAACAUUUUAUCCUAGUGGUAGCAGACUUACGGCUGGUCAGGAAUUGUACCUCAAUGCUUUGAGAAAACAAGGAUUAUUGCCAGAUUUGAGAAAACAAAAACGAGUAUCACAUAUUUCUCAUGCAUCUUCAGUAGAUAAGGGAGAUAUUGGAAACAAAGGAUCCCCAAGAGAUUCAUAUGACAGGCUCUUGAAAGGAAAAAUAUUAAAGCUCGAGCAGUCUCGCCCCACUAAUGUUACUUUGGAAAGACGAUGGAGUCUUGAAUUAGCUAUUGAGAAGGUAAUAGGAAAUGAUAUAGAUGGUGUGGACACUGGGAACAAUAUGGAUGCUCCAAUUUUGGAAAGAGAAUACAUGCAAGGUGUACUAAUCAGUGAGGUUGUCCUAAAUGAUGGAUUCUCACCACUAUCUAGAAGAGCAGCAAGACGGAGACAAAGAAAACUUGUGAGGGAGUCGAAGAGGCCAGGUGAAGCAAUUAUUAAGGGUCAUAGGCGUUACCAUGUAAUGCUUAGUUUGCAGCUUGGUAUCAGAUACAGUGUGGGUAAAAUUACACCGGGACAAAGACAAGAAGUGGGAGCUUCUGAUUUUGGUGCCCGUGCAUGCUCUCGGAUGUAUUUUCCUAAAGAAGGAUCUCAACUAACACCUUCUCAUCGGUCAGAAGAUUUCAAGUGGAAAGAUUACUGUCCAGCGGUUUUCAGGAAUCUGAGGGAAAUGUUUAAGAUUGAUACUACUGACUACAUGAUGUCCAUCUGUGGAAAUGAUCCACUUAGAGAACUUUCUUCUCCUGGGAAAAGUGGCAGUGUGUUUUUCCUGUCUCAAGAUAGUCGUUUCAUGAUUAAGACAUUACGGAAGUCAGAAGUUAAGGUUCUGCUGCGAAUGCUUCCAAAUUAUCAUCGUCAUGUCAAGGCAUAUGAGAAUACUCUCAUCACUAAAUUCUUUGGUCUUCACAUGAUAAAGCCCUCGAGAGGACAAAUGUUCCGCUUUGUAGUAAUGGGAAAUAUGUUCUGCACAGAGUUAAGAAUCCACCGUAGAUUUGAUCUUAAAGGUUCUUCACUUGGACGAUCUGCAAACAAGGUCGAAAUUGAUGAGAGCACAAUUCUCAAGGAUCUAGAUUUGAACUACUGCUUUUAUCUUGCGCCUUCUUGGCGGGAAGCUUUACUAAAGCAGAUUGAGACCGACAGCAAAUUUUUGGAGCAGCAGCACAUAAUGGAUUACAGCCUAUUGUUAGGUGUUCAUUACAGAGCACCCCAGCAUCUACGAUCUCCCAUCUCAUGCAGUGGACGUACAACAACAGAAGGAUUGGGAAUCGUUGCAGAAGAUGAGUUUCUGGAGGAUGACAUAUCACCCCAAGGCCUUGUUUUAGUCCCUCGUGGUGCAGAUGAUAAUUGUGUAGUAGUGGGUUCUCAUGUCAGAGGCAGCAGAUUGCGAGCAUCAUCUGCCACUGGUGACAAGGAAGUGGAUCUCCUCCUUCCUGGGACAGCAAUGCUCCAGAUUCAGCUUGGAGUGAAUAUGCCAGCAAGAGCAGAACACAUACCCAGGAAAGGUGAUCUGAUGUUUCUUGAAGUAUACGAUGUUGUAUUGUAUGUCGGCAUCAUUGACAUAUUGCAAGAAUACAACCUACGUAAGAGAAUAGAACAUGCAUACAAAUCAGUUCUGUUUGACUCUAUUUCUAUUUCUGCUGUGGAGCCAACAUUUUAUUCACAGCGUUUCCUACAGUUCAUCCGAAAAAUGUUUCCUGCACGUUCAGUAGUAAAUUAGAAGAGUGUAUACUGUCAUUUACACCUCAUACUUAUCCUUAAACAAGGGAUUAGUUCCAUUACUUGUUUGUAGUUGGCAGAUAUUGACAAUGUGCAAGACGGAUUAUGUAUAUAGUGAUUUACUUAUUUUUUGGAAGAAAAUAAAGUUUUACUCUUCUGGCAACAAUGGAAUCCUUUUGUUUA